CUUCGAUUUAUUCUCAAUGUCGCAGGCGGAUUGGCUGGAGCAGAACGUGGAACGCAUCUCGAAGGACGACCUGACGGAGACGCCCACAACGGCGGAGGCGCUCGAGGGUCAGCCCAACGAAAAGGCAGUGAUCAUCGGUGCCGCGAAAGCCACGGGGUCCGAUAUCGCGUACAAGCUCUCGCACCUGCUCGCCCUCGUCGUGGCCGGCGUGAUCGCCCUGCUCGCCUCCGCCGCUCUUGCCGACGGCCGGUCGGUCAUCAAGCUCAAGGACACCUCCAACCUGCCCCGCCUCACCGCACUCACGGCGACCCUGGACGGCGAGACGAUCAACCUCAAGGAUCACGGCCUCGACUACCGCGCUGACGAGCUUCUCGGCCCGCAGUACGGCGUCGGCCUGCACCACGACUCGUCGGGCUACGGCUGGGGCAAGGCGGGCGCCCGCGAGACCCUGCAGGAGUACAUCGACGAGCUCGGCCUCCUCCAGGUCAUUGCCGCCGUGCCGAGCGUCAUCGCGACCGACGGCCUCAAGCACCCGGCGCACUUCCUCGAGUGCACCGAGCUCAAGAAGGCGGGCCUCUCGGCCAUGUCCCUCGCCAUCAUCGCCGAAGUUGCCUCCGCCGUGAUGAUCAUUUUCCACGGACUGGCGCUCGUCGGCCUGCUGCCGCUCUCCGCAAAGCUCGCCAAGGGCUUCGCCGGCCUCGUCUGGUUCACCCUCACCGCGGGCUUCCUCAUUGUUGUGUGCCUCCCCAUCGGCGUUUAUGAGACGGAGUGGACGUGCAACAAGGAUUUUGUCCCCGCCAUCCGCCUUUGGGACCAUUUUGUUUACAACUGGGCCUUCCCCGUGGGCUACUUGGGGUACGCCUGCUCACUCCUCGUUUUUUCCGUCGUCCUUUGCUUCCCCUCGCUCGAGGAGGGCGCGCAGGAGUUCGACAAGAAGAAGACGAAGCUCGGUCUCGUCAAAGUGGUGGCGGGCCUCUUCGUCGGCCUCGUCAUCGCCGCCUCCGUCUCCGUCGGCAUCGCCGCCUCGCAGGACGCCUUCAAGGAUCCGGAGGUGGACCCGUCCGUCAACCCGUGCAAAGCGCAGAAGCCGUACCACGCGGCGCCGGGCGACAACUACUUCCGCAACAUCGAGUGCAUGAAGGACAACCUCGUGCAGCACCUCUCCGAGGGCCAGUACGACUACCACGGCACGGGGCCGGCGUACAACAGCACGAACAGCACGAAAGACCUGUACGCAAACCACGUGCACGGGUACCACGACCGCGACGCGGAGGACUACGUCAGCAAGGAGGAGUACUACGAGUCCAAGAAGAACAAGGGGGACCCGUAUGCCGAUGACGGGAAGAAGAAGAAGGAGAAGAAGGAGUGGACGGAGCGGCUCGGCCUCCGCUGCCACCACUAUGACGACGAGCACGAGAUGUUCAAGACGGUGGCGACCGGCGCCAAGAAGCCGUACGAGUGGAAGCACUGCGUCGAGAUGAUGGUUGGCGAGACGUACGAGGUGCCCUGGCCGCACUCUGCGGCGGGCGCUUGUGGCACCGAGUGGCAGUACCCAGACGCCCUUCUACGACGGCGUCUUCUGCAGGAGGGCGUCGUAAACAUCCUGACGCCGCUCAACACGUACGAGAAGAUCGGCGUGCAGGGCCAGGUCUUCACAAUCGUAAACUCGGACGAGGAGCAGUACCAGUACGAGAACCUCAUCGACGGCGCGUGGAUGGACGGAAAGGACAAGUGGGUGGACGUUGCGAAGUACACCGGCUCGACCACCGGCACCACGCGCAACAACGAAAUGUGCUCCCGCUACGCGCCGAUCACGUGGCAGGUGGACCGCACGUGCCACAUGAUCUCGGCAAAGUCGUUUGACAAGCUGUGCUACGACAUGAAGCAGAAGAAGGACGACAUGGGGGGCGACCUCUACCCGCACGGCGCGCGCGAGAUCGUCGCCGACUACCUCGUCGCCAACAACCAGCAGUCCCGCAAGUGAGCGGCCCCCCCUGACGAGGGAGAGCGCUCCUCCGUCUCGCCUCGAGCCCUCGCGGCCGGGCAAACCGCCCCGGCCGUGUAUGUGCCGUGGCGCAUGCAUGCGAGCAUGCCACCCCGCCCCCCUCUACCCCCUCCCAGCCAGCCCGAGCGCGAGCGGUAAGCGAGCGCCGUUGAGUGAGCCGGAGGGGGACAGAGAGCGUCCCGUGAGCGGUUGUUAUAUGGUGGAGAGGUGUCCGGUCUGGUGGAGAUUGGGAUAUCUUUGGCUUUGGGAGAGCGGAGAGCUGCGUGCGUUCGUUCGACGUUCUACUGAUACUGCAUCUCACAUGUGCAUGUGGUGACGCCUCAGACAAGCUCUCCGUUUCUGAGGUGUCUUCUGUAUCUGAGGAAAAAAGUAGUAUACUGUGUA